GCCAUCAUGUGAUCAAACUUCCCUGUUUGUUGAAUUGGACACAAAGAACUCCUUCUGUGCACCGGAUUAAGCUUUUAACAGCCACAAUGAACACAGUGUGAGUCACAUGAUCUCUAUGGGCAGCAGGAGACAGGAAGCAGUGGAUGACGGAGAGCAGAGUCUCAUCGGGCCUCCGUCUGCCACCGAUGGAGAUGUCCUGGACCGAGAUGCCUCCACGCCGGGGUUCGUCUACGUGUUGGCGUUCUUCUCUGCCCUGGGAGGAUUCCUCUUCGGGUACGACACCGGGGUGGUCUCCGGGGCUAUGCUGCUCCUGAAGGAGGAGAUGAACCUGAGCGCCCUGUGGCAGGAGCUGCUGGUCUCCAGCACCGUCGGGGCGGCGGCGCUCUCGGCCCUGAGCGGAGGCUUCCUCAACGGGUGGUUCGGGCGAAGGGUCUGCAUCCUUUUGGCCAGCUUCAUCUUCAGCAUCGGUGGCUUCAUCCUGAGUGUGGCCCCGGGCAAGGUGGUUCUCCUCGUGGGCAGAAUCACAGUUGGUUUGGGCAUAGGCAUUGCCUCUAUGACGGUUCCUGUGUACAUCGCCGAAGUUUCCCCCCCUCACAAGAGAGGUCAGCUGGUCACCAUCAACUCCCUCUUCAUCACCGGAGGCCAGUUCGUUGCCAGUGUGAUCGAUGGAGCUUUCAGCUACAUGAGCCACGACGGCUGGAGGUACAUGCUGGGUUUGUCCGUUGUCCCGGCCGUGCUGCAGUUCGUGGGCUUCCUCUUCCUGCCGGAGAGCCCUCGCUGGCUUCUCCAAAAGGGACGGAGCCAAGAGGCCCGCCAGGCUCUGAGCCGGAUGAGAGGAGGGCGGAGCGUUGACGAGGAGUACGACAGCAUCAGGACCAGCAUCGAGGAAGAGGAGAAGGAGGAGGGUGCAGGAGGCGUUGUUAUUUGGCGGAUCUUAAGCAACGGUCCGACUCGGAGGGCUCUCAUCGUUGGCUGCGGCCUCCAGAUGUUUCAGCAGCUGUCUGGCAUAAACACCGUCAUGUACUACAGUGCAACCAUUCUGCAGAUGGCGGGGGUGCGGGACGUUAAACAGGCGAUCUGGUUGGCUGCUGCAACGUCUGCCACCAACUUUGUGUUCACCUUGGUGGGAGUCUGGCUGGUGGAGCGGGUCGGCCGCAGGAAGCUGACCCUGGGCAGUCUUAUAGGUACCGGUCUGAGUCUGACUGUGUUGGCAGUCGGGUUCUUGCUUUCUGCCCAGUAUUCUCCACCCACCACCCUCCACCCGGUCGACCCUCAAAACUCAACCUGCCGACUGUACGGGUUCUGUGAAUUCUGCAUGUUGGAUCCAAAUUGUGGAUUUUGUUAUCGUGAAAACAACAGCAGAGUGUUCGACUCCUCCUGCGUUCCCGUGGAUCAAGCGUCCACAGAUCAGGCCGCCUGGGGAAGUUGUUCCAACCAGACGGAGGCAUCUAAGAGUCCAAUCUGGGCCUACAACUACUGUCCAACCUCGUACUCCUGGGUCGUCCUGCUGGGCCUCAUCCUCUACCUCGCCUCCUUCGCUCCAGGUAUGGGCACCAUGCCUUGGACAGUGAACUCUGAGAUCUACCCGCUGUGGGCCCGCAGCACCGGCAACGCCUGUUCAGCCGGGGUCAACUGGAUCUUCAACGUCCUGGUGUCCCUGACCUUCCUCCACGUCGCUCAGUAUCUGACUUAUUACGGAGCGUUCUUCAUGUACACCGGUCUGGUGGUGUUGGGGCUCUUCUUCGUCCAGGGCUGCCUCCCAGAGACCAAAGGCCUGCAGCUGGAGGACGUGGAGGACCUGUUCACCGGUCCACUCUGCUCCUGUGGAGCCUCCUCAGCCACUCACAGCGGACAGGUCCAAUACACCCGGGUAAACGGCAGCAACCGGCUCACCUCUGACAACGACGACUCGGAUGUAGAGUAGACAUCUUUCUCUUUCUGCUCGGUGCUUCGUCUUCCUGAUGGGGGUAUUUAUUAAGUAACCAUGGUGUCUUUAGGGGGCCUGAGCUCUCUGGUGAUUGGCUACAACUCUCCACUCGCUCAUCAUCCGCCUGCCUUCGUCUCAUCUGGUAGUUGGUCUGCUUUUUCUUUCGUGCAUUCUUCUUGAUUCCCAUCAUUCCACAUGUCAUCAAAAAAAGGGAACAUUGGAGCAAGACUUUCCGGGGGUUUUGUUUCUGGAACUUCCAUGAACAAAUUAUGACACUCUUAUGGAAAAGUCCUUGAUUAACACACUGAUCAUCUGUAUUUUAAGGACAUUUAAGAUUAAAUUGUGGGAUUUUUUUUUGUUUUCCCAGCUGGUAGCAUCUUCUGAUUAUUUAGAUUUCCAGUUAAGAGCUCUUUGCAAGAGCCUCAGUCUUUUGUGAGCGAUUUCAGACUUCAAAAUUGAUAUAUCAGCAAGAAUGUGUUUGUAUCAUAGCCUCAAUGAUCUGUGGUUUUAAAAUUGUGAAGGUAUCAAAUCCACAAGGUGGUGAAAAAAGACAAACACUGACUGAUUUCUGCCUCAUCUGUACCAUGUGUACGACUCUUUCAAAACACAUUCCUGUUAAAAUCACUAACAUGGAUUUAAUCUAUUAACGUGUGCUGGUGUAAAACUAGACAGUUUAUCUCGGGUUAAUGCUUUUUGCACAGUGGGAGAGAUUGCACUUUAAAAAAAAACAUAAUAUGUCCUUUUUGUAAUGUUUUUUGUGAAGAUUUAUUUAUGAAAAGUUGCUAGAACCAUUUGCUCAAAUAUAAAACAUUUCUAGAAAGGUUCGGACAUCAGCCCAGCACAGUAUGGAGCGGUGGAGUCAGACAGUGCUAUAGCCUAUAUCACUAAGUACUGCGUCCAGGUGCUGCUAAUACCUUUUACUGCUAUGAUAAA